AUGACAGCACCUCCGAGGCCAGCACCGAAACCCGGCCGGGUCAGGGUUUAUCGAGCCCUCUACGAUUAUGAAGCCAGAACGGAUCAAGAGAUGAGUUUCGCCGAGGGGGAUCUGCUGUAUGUGAGCGAUAGCGGACCAAAUGACGAUUGGCUGCCGGCGGCAUGUGGCGGCAAAAAAGGGCUCGUGCCAGCUAAUUACGGUCGGUUCCGAUGCUUUUCGGACACUUUGGAUGUUUUA